GGGGCAGGGGCGGGACGCCGCCGGGCCGUGGGUCGGGCCCUGUGUCAGCAGCCCAGCAGGCGCUCGUGGGGGACAUGGCGGGCUGUGUGGCCCGGCGGGCCCUGGCCAUAGGCAGCCGCUGGUGGUCCCGGUCACUGACCGGUGCCCGGGGGCCAAGGCCACUCUGUGCGGCGGGUGGAGCCGGGCCCUUCCUCCCUGCAGCGACCACGACGCGGAGGCACCUCUCGUCCCGAAACCGACCAGAGGGCAAAGUUUUGGAGACAGUUGGUGUGUUUGAGGUGCCAAAACAGAAUGGAAAAUAUGAGACUGGGCAGCUUUUCCUUCAUAGUGUUUUUGGCUACCGAGGUGUUGUCCUGUUUCCCUGGCAGGCCAGGCUGUACGACCGGGAUGUGGCUUCUGCAGCUCCAGAAAAAGCAGAGAAUCCUGCUGGCCACGGCUCUAAGGAGGUGAAAGGCAAAACUCACACUUACUAUCAGGUGCUGAUUGAUGCCCGAGACUGUCCGCAUAUAUCUCAGAGAUCUCAGACAGAAGCUGUGACUUUCUUGGCCAACCACGAUGACAGCCGGGCCCUCUAUGCCAUCCCAGGCCUGGACUAUGUCAGCCAUGAAGACAUCCUCCCCUAUACCUCCACCGAUCAGGUUCCCAUCCAGCACGAGCUCUUUGAAAGAUUUCUUCUCUAUGACCAGACAAAAGCUCCCCCUUUUGUGGCUCGGGAGACACUACGGGCCUGGCAAGAGAAGAACCACCCCUGGCUGGAGCUCUCCGACGUCCACCGGGAAACAACAGAGAACAUCCGCGUCACUGUCAUCCCCUUCUACAUGGGCAUGAGGGAAGCCCAGAAUUCCCAUGUCUACUGGUGGCGCUACUGUAUCCGCUUGGAGAACCUUGACAAUGACGUGGUACAGCUCCGGGAGCGACACUGGAGGAUAUUCAGUCUAUCUGGCACCUUGGAGACAGUGCGAGGCCGAGGGGUGGUUGGCAGGGAACCAGUGUUGUCCAAGGAGCAGCCUGCGUUCCAGUACAGCAGCCACGUCUCGCUGCAAGCUUCCAGUGGGCAUAUGUGGGGCACAUUCCGCUUCGAGAGGCCUGAUGGCUCCCACUUUGAUGUCCGGAUCCCUCCCUUCUCCCUGGAAAGCAAUAAAGACGAGAAGACACCACCCUCAGGCCUUCACUGGUAGGCCAGCCGAGACCCCGCACAGCCAGGCCCGGUCCCUGUAGAAUGGUUCUCACCCCACAACUGCUGCAGAACUCUCCAUUGCUGGAUGCAGUGGGUCUCUUCAUCGUGUGCGCCAUUCAAAUGUGGGGUUCUUUUUUUGGUGGGUGGGCUAGAACCAUCUCCUCCAAAAGAUCCAUGUAGGACUCUUCCAAGGCUGGCCUCUCCUGCAAGCCCUGCCUAUACUGUGUUCCAGACCUUCCACCAGGAACUGUGGUCAGCUGCCACAGGCGAGGAGUUUCCUGGCCUGUUUGGAAUGUGAGGUUUGGUCAAUAAACCAGUGCACGCUCGGCCACCCUCGCUAUUUCUGCCCCUAUGGCCUCAGGCUCCCUUUUUGACCUGGUGGGGGCCCUUGAUCGCUUCCCUUGCUCUUUCCAGGAAGGUUCCACUCCUACGACGGUAUGUGUGUUUCCCUCCUGAAGCUUGGGGUCGCUGGACCUGUCUCAGAGUCACUGUACCUCUCAGUCAGUGGGGUGGGGGCUGGGCUGGACUCUUGUUCUCUUCUUUACCUUCUGCCAGCUGCAGAGGGGGAGGCCAGCGUCAGGGUUGGAGGAGUGGCCUGGCUCUUCGUGUUGGCCAACCACUGGCAUCUCUGGCCUCCCUGGGCCAGGGAGAGGAGUGAAGCAAGCCAGCCAGGUUUCCCGGAAUGUUGGGCCUGCCUGUCGUGAGCACAGGUUGCCAAGCCUCCAGACUAUAAAUGCAGGAAUUCAGCCGAGGUUUACAUUAUGGGUGGUGACUAAGCCAAGCUGCUUUCUGAGCUGCUCACAGAUCUCCAAGAGCCAGAGAUGAAAUAUGCUGCAUUUUGCCCUGUUUCUUAGGGUUCCUGCUUCCCUGCUACCAUAGUGAUUGUUAAAGAGGUUGUUUUAUUCUUGAAUUAAUAUUAAAUCUCAGUUCCAGCCCUU